AUGACAUCUCGCGAGGUCCCCCUAACAGCGGGAGCCCACCCUUCAGUGAUGCCAUCUGCAAUGUGUAUAAUACCAGCGAGGUAAGCUUUGGGUGUCUAGGAGGAGCUGCGGCAAGGUCGAGAACAGCAUCCUACUCUGUACAAUAGAAAGAUCAGAGGUGGACGGAUUUAGUCUAGUGGCUCCGAGCGCACGAAAGCAACCUAGGGAAUUUUGGAUUUACUGCCGAUGAAGAAGGAGGAGAGUGGCUGAAAGUUUCCUGCCUGUAGCCUCAUGUUCCCGGUUAGCUAACGAGCUAUCUUCCACUACAGCCGCUUUCCGAACGUCUGCCUUGCGCCUUUUCAGACCAGGCGGAGAAGCGCGUUCUUCCCAGUAAAUAGAAAGCUAGUUGUGCGUUUGUCACGAGGCGACGGCUGGGCUUCCACACUUCCUCCCGUUAGUUUUACAGGCCAUAACGUGGCUUUUUCUAUACGUUUUUCGCGUUCAUUUGGUGUUAUUUGUGCCAUGUCUGCGCCAUCCUCCACGCCUGCCGCCCUGGCAGAGAACGCCACGACUGAAAAUGAUUUUCUAGCCCCUGAUGCUGGGCAUAGGCCGCCCGGUCCGACGCCCAGUCAAAGCCGGUUCCAGGUGGACCUUGUGGCUGAGGCAGCGGGCGCCACCGAAGACAAGUCCCCGAACUCCGACACCUCCUCCACGGUUCCAUCGAGUGAUAAGGCCAUUCCCUCUCCUUUUCAAGACUGUCCGGGUGCUGAUCCAGGGGCUGGCGGAGAGGAAGCCAAAGGCCGCUUUCGGGUGGUGAACUUCGCGGAUUCGAGUGAAGCAGGGAGCGCAGCCUCACCGGAGGCAGCUCCGGCUGAGGGGCUGCAGAACGGGGACACGGUGAUGAGCGAGACUAGCUUGCAUUCAUCCACAGGGGGCCAGCAUCACUAUCACUAUGACACCCACACCAACACCUAUUACCUGAGGACUUUUGGUCACAACACAAUCGAUGCCGUCCCCAACAUCGACUUCUACCGGCAGACAGCAGCACCGCUGGGGGAGAAACUCAUCAGACCUACCCUGUCGGAGCUGCACGACGAGCUGGACAAGGAGCCAUUUGAGGAUGGGUUUGCCAACGGUGAUGAGCUGACCCCGGCUGAGGAGGCUGCUGCUAAAGAAGCAGCCGAGUCCAAAGGAGUGGUCAAAUUUGGCUGGAUUAAGGGUGUGCUGGUCCGCUGCAUGUUGAACAUUUGGGGUGUGAUGCUCUUCAUCCGCAUGACAUGGAUCGUGGGUCAGGCUGGAAUUGCUCUUGCCUGUUUGAUUGUUGCCAUGGCUACUGUAGUAACGACCAUCACCGGCCUCUCCACCUCUGCCAUUGCCACUAAUGGAUUUGUACGAGGAGGUGGAGCAUAUUACUUAAUUUCAAGGAGUCUGGGCCCAGAGUUUGGAGGCUCUAUUGGUCUGAUAUUUGCCUUUGCUAAUGCAGUGGCUGUAGCCAUGUAUGUGGUGGGUUUUGCUGAAACUGUUGUGGAACUUCUUGCUGGUGUAGAUGCCAUCAUGUUGGAUCAAACAAAUGAUACCAGAAUCAUCGGAACCAUCACAGUAGUUCUUCUUCUGGGCAUCUCUGUGGCAGGAAUGGAAUGGGAGGCCAAGGCCCAGAUCUUCUUGCUUGUUGUCCUCAUUACAGCCAUCAUCAACUUCUUCAUUGGAUCCUUCAUUCCUGUCAAGUCGAAGGAAUCUGUGGGGUUCUUUGGCUAUGACGGUUCAAUUAUGUGGGAGAACAUGGGUCCAGACUUCCGAGGUGAGACGUUCUUUUCCGUCUUCGCCAUCUUCUUCCCUGCAGCCACUGGUAUUUUGGCUGGAGCCAACAUUUCAGGAGACCUUGCUGACCCACAGCUAGCCAUUCCGAGAGGAACCCUUCUGGCCAUAUUGAUCACAGGAAUAGUCUACCUGGGUGUUGCUGUUUCAACCGGCUCCUGUAUUGUGAGAGACGCUAGUGGAAACGUGAAUGACACGGUCAGUUCUCAGUUCAUGAUGAACUGCACUGAUGCUGCCUGCAAAUUUGGCUACGACUUCUCUACCUGUAAGAGUGAAAAAGGAUCCUGCCGCUAUGGACUCCAUAAUGACUUCCAGGUGAUGAGCCUGGUUUCUGGUUUUGGUCCCAUCAUCAGUGCUGGAAUAUUCUCUGCCACCCUGUCCUCAGCUCUGGCGUCUUUAGUCAGUGCACCUAAAGUUUUCCAGGCUUUGUGUAAAGACAACAUCUACCCCGGCCUGGGCAUGUUUGCUAAAGGAUACGGCAAAAACAACGAGCCCCUCCGAGGCUACAUCCUGACCUUCGGUAUAGCUCUGGCUUUCAUCCUCAUUGCUGAGUUGAACACAAUUGCCCCCAUCAUCUCCAACUUCUUCUUGGCAUCUUAUGCCUUGAUCAACUUCUCUGUGUUCCAUGCCUCACUGGCUAACUCACCAGGGUGGCGCCCCAGCUUCAAAUACUACAACAUGUGGGUUUCUCUUGCUGGAGCCAUACUGUGCUGUGUGGUGAUGUUUGUCAUCAACUGGUGGGCUGCUCUCCUCACCAACGUCAUUGUUCUGGGUCUCUAUAUCUAUGUCAGCUACAAGAAGCCAGAUGUGAACUGGGGCUCAUCGACCCAGGCUCUGACCUACCACCAGGCCCUGACCCACACUCUGCACCUCAGCGGAGUGGAGGACCACAUCAAGAACUUCAGACCCCAGUGUUUGGUGAUGACUGGUUACCCCAACUCUCGACCAGCUCUUCUGGACCUGGUCCACAGCUUCACCAAGAACGUAGGCCUAAUGAUCUGUGGUCAUAUUCGCACGGGCUACAGAAGGCCAAACUUUAAAGAUCUGGCCACAGACCAGUCCCGGUACCAGCGGUGGCUGCUGAAGAAUGAGACCAAAGCCUUCUACACACCAGUGUUCGCUGAGGACAUGAGGCAGGGCACACAGUACUUGCUCCAGGCUGCUGGCCUGGGUCGCCUCAAGCCUAACACCCUGGUGCUGGGCUUCAAGAAUGACUGGAGGGAUGGUGACAUGAUGAACGUGGAGACUUACAUUAGUAUGAUCCACGAUGCCUUUGACUUUCAGUUUGGUGCUGUUAUUCUGCGACUGAAAGAGGGUCUGGAUGUUUCCCAUAUCCAAGGACAAGAUGAGCUGCUGUCCUCCCAGGAAAAGUCUUCAGGAAUGAAAGAUGUGAUCGUGUCCAUAGACACCAGCAAAGACUCUGACGCUGACUCAUCCAGCCGUCCUCCAAAGCCACCAGCCUCCAGAACAGCCCAGCUAUACAGAAAGAUGACGAUGAUGAUGGCAAAUCUACAACUCAGCCCCUGUUGAAAAAAGACAAGAGGAGUCCAACUGUACCAUUGAAUGUGUCUGACCAGAGGCUGCUGGAGGCCAGCCAGCAGUUCCAGAAGAAACAAGGGAAGGGCACAGUGGAUGUCUGGUGGCU